UGGCGCCAAGCAACAUCAAAGUCCGUCGACAGAGGUCGCCGUAGGAGGCGGAGGAACGUUAGCGAAGCGUCGAGUUUUUCCGGCAGGGAAUGCCGUCAGGUUUUCAGCAUAACGAAAACGCGUGAAAGCAAACGAUCGGUGCGUGUCUAUUUUUUUUUUCUGGUGUCGAACAACAGCGGGCUUUUCCACGAGGUUUUCCGAUCCGCGAGCGGCAAAACAUUUUCCGCGGGACGGCGCAUGGCAUGGCCUUGUUGUCAGUGCGCGCCCCACUUUAAGCGAUCGGUGCCGCCGUUGCCUCUUCUUUUUUUUUCGUUUCCUCCCGUUUGCGAAAUAAUAAUCGUCGAUCGGAUGCAAUGAGCAGAGUUAAUUAAAGAUUGCGGCGGGAAUGCGAAUACUCUGUUCCUCGUUCCGCCUGAGGAUCAGGACGACGCUUGGAUUUACACCGAGGACUACGAUGACCACGUAAAAAAAAGCAGUGGAAAAACGAACGAAAAAAAAAGAAAGAAAGAAAAAAAAACCAAAGAGAGAAAAAGAAACAAAACUCGUUAAUUGUUCCUUGGUAACGUUCCGGUCCUCCAUUAUUAUAUUCUUGAAAGAGAGAGAGAUAGGAGAGGUCGCGUUGGGUUGGUUGGCGUUGACCGGAAGCGUACGGACAGGGUGCGAUUCGCGGAAUUCUUUUCCAGUGGACGAAAGCGGGAAUUUUCCGAGGGGCUGCUGGACAGGAGAUGCACGGUGGAGGACUGGGACGACGGAACAGGCAAAUCUGUUAUACAACCGGGAGGGACGUCGCUGCGCCGUAUGGUCGUAUGGUUAGGUGGUAGCCAUUUGCAUGACCUCAGUGUAAAAUCCAUAUUCCCGUGGAAUCUCCUGGAAUCUGGUGUUCGGCGACGGGCCGGAGGGAAAACGGUUUGCAGAAGGAAGCCGUCGAGCGACGGAGGACUGUUUCAAUCUGUAUUUCGACGCGUUGCCGUCGCGUCCCCGCGGAAAACGAGGAUUUUUAGUCGAGAUGACGCCAAGUGGGUGUAGACGCGGCCGCCAUCAUGGCAGUAUGCGUCAAGCUUGGCAAGCGGGAUUGUAGUGAGUGUUGCUGUGUGUGCGGUGUCGCUCUGGAUUUUUCGGGAUUUUUGCGUGGAAUAUUCAUUGGGGAUGUGCAGACCAUGCGCCAUUGCGAUGUUUUAAUAUAGGACACUAUAAUGUCCCAUAAGGGAUAUGCAGAAAGAUUGUUAUCUCGUUUGCAUGCCAGCUGACUGUCAGGCACAGAUCUGCCGUUUCCAGCUUAUAGCAUAAAGUGUAGUUAAAAGUGCAAAUUGAAGAUGAAUUGCCAAGACCCUGAUUUAGAUAAACUCUGGGAGGCUACCUUUGGCGUCAACAUGCAACAAGUCGAACCACCAAUUCAAAAUAAUACGAACGGUGGAAAAAUGGGUGAUUCGAUGAAGGAGAAGGAACCGUCACCGCGCGUGGACGAACCAGUAGAACCAGUCAAUGGUAUCGUACAGCCGAAGAUAACGCCGCCACUGAGCCGGCCCGGCCGUGUUACGAAUCAGCUGCAGUUUCUGCAGAAGACUGUGUUCAAAGCGGUAUGGAAACAUCAAUUUGCUUGGCCUUUCCAUCAGCCCGUAGAUGCCAAGAAGUUGAACUUACCCGAUUACCACAAGAUAAUUAAACAACCCAUGGAUUUGGGGACAAUCAAAAAGCGGCUGGACAAUAACUUCUACUGGUCCGGAAAAGAGUGCAUACAAGACUUUAAUACAAUGUUCACAAACUGUUAUGUGUAUAAUAAACCCGGUGAAGACGUUGUGGUGAUGGCACAGACGUUGGAGAAAGUGUUUUUGACGAAAGUAGCUGAUAUGCCCAAGGACGAAUACACGGUCGAUCUGCCUACGAAGGGUGGCGGCGUCAAAGGGAAGAAAGGUCGGGUGAGCGGUGGUGCUGGUACACCAGGAACCGGCAGGGGACGACCACCUGCGACCGUGUCUUCCACAGUGACGACUCCCGUGAACAAUGCCGGUCUCCCGCUGGGUACGACGCCUCCAGCGACAGUUCCCGGCAGUACAGCAACGACGACCAUUGCCCCGCCGCCUACGGCCGUGCCUAUCGCGGCUGCAGCUGCAGUCGCCGCCGCCGCUGCUGCAGCUGCGACUGCCGCCGCCACCCAUAGCUCUCUCCCGCAACAGAUUCCACCGAGUGCUUACCACAUGGCCCAGCCACUCGCCGGUCAAAUAGAACAACCGAAUUUGCCGCCGCAGGUGCUGCCCGGCACGGUUAUGCCCCCUUCUCAACCUGCUAAAGUGAAAAAAGGUGUUAAAAGAAAGGCUGAUACGACAACGCCUGGCGCCUCCGUUUUCGAUUACAACACAUCAAUGGAAUCCAAGUCUGCGAAAGUCUCGGCGCGUCGCGAGUCCGGCAGACAGAUCAAGAAGCCCAUCAGACCCGAGAUGGACGGUCUUGUCCCAUACAAUCAACCAAAUAUUUCGCCCCUGAUGGCCAACAUCCCAAAUACUCUGCAGCACCCAUCGCAUAAAGCUAAGGAUAAACUCAGCGAGGCCCUCAAGUCUUGCAACGAAAUAUUGAAGGAGCUCUUUUCCAAGAAGCACUCUAGCUAUGCAUGGCCUUUCUACAAGCCCGUCGAUGCGGAACUUCUGGCUCUGCACGACUAUCACGAAAUCAUAAAGAAACCCAUGGACCUGGGUACCGUCAAGCAGAAGAUGGACUCUCGGGAGUAUCGUACAGCACAAGAAUUUGCGCUUGACGUCAGACUGAUAUUCACGAAUUGCUACAAGUAUAAUCCGUCGGAUCACGACGUCGUAGCUAUGGCUCGUAAGCUCCAGGAUGUGUUCGAAAUGAAGUUCGCAAAGAUUCCGGACGAGCCCAUGAACAGGAUAAACGCGAACGCUAAGUCCGACUCUAGUUCAUCCGGGUCGUGUUCAGAGUCUUCUAGUGAUACCGAAGAUUCGGAGGAAGAGCGCGACAAGCAAAUUAAGUUGAUGAAAAAAGAGUUGUUUGCCAUGCAGGAGCGCAUUAGUAAAUUGAUGGAGGAGAGCGAUAAGAAGAAGAAAGAGAAAAAGAAGAAGGAUAAGAGCAAGAAGAUGGUAGCAAAUUGCAGUAGUUUGGGUAAGCCGGGAGCCAUAGCCAAGUCGAACUCCAUUAUCACCGACAGCGUUGACGACAGCAUAGCCAGCGUGGUGUCUGGGGCAGAUCUCAAGAUGGGAACGGGAGACGUGCAUCAUCCCGCCACCGGAAAGUCCCUGAACAUGCACCACACGAUGGCGGCUGCCGCCAACGCUGCUACAAAACCACCUAAGAGUAAAGGAGUGAGGGGACCAAAGCCCGCGGGACCAAACGCUAGUGGAAAAAGACCCAAAGCGAACAACAAACCGGGUGGCGGCAGGAAAAAGACGCCGACUGUUCAACCGGUCGCCUUUGACUCCGAAGAUGAGGACAACGCUAGGCCAAUGUCUUACGACGAGAAGAGACAGUUGUCCCUUGAUAUUAAUAAAUUACCAGGUGAUAAGUUGGGCAGGGUUGUGCAUAUUAUUCAGUCGAGGGAGCCAUCGCUGCGAGACUCAAAUCCAGACGAAAUCGAGAUAGACUUUGAGACGCUAAAGCCAUCGACUUUACGCGAGCUCGAGAGUUACGUCGCAUCCUGUCUACGUAAAAAGCCACAUAAGAAAAUGCCGGGUAAAUCAAAAGAUGAACAAAUGGCGGAAAGGAAACAGGAAUUGGAGAAGAGACUUAGCGAUGUUAAUGAUAAAAUCGGAAAUGUUAACAAAAAGGCGCCCAAGAAAGACGAUGGCAAGGUUGAUGCAACCGGAGCCAGUGGUGGACCAUCUGGAAGGUUAUCCUCGAGUUCGAGCAGUUCAGACACGGACAGCAGCACCUCCAGCAUGUCCAGCAGUUCAAGUGAUUCCAGCGACAGUGAAGCAGAAUUUGUAGGUGGAGUUAAUAGGCCUCCCAAGAAGAAAACGAAGAAAUCUCCUAAUCCGGCCGCAGCUGCAAAUAAUACAGUGCCGUUACAGAAAACACCACAUGAACAACCUUCCACUCAACAACAAGUACCGCCUCCACCACAACAACAACCCCAACAAGCGGUUCCACCUCAGCAGAUUCCAGCCGUGAAUAAUUCGGUUAUAAACAGUGUGCCGCCGCAAAUAUCGCCCGUGGCCGCGACGAAUCACGUGUCGGCUAAACCUAACGCUACAAACAACAGGAAACCAUCCAUAACAAAUGACAUUAAGCCUCUUAUUGAGCAGGAACAGUCGCAUACGAUCACGCCGCCUACGGUGCCCCAGCCACCGAAGCCGGUUGCUCUGCCAACACCAUCUCCAGACAAACCUAAGCCUUCUAUAAUAUCACCAUGCACGAACACUUUCACUGAUCCCUUGGAGCAAUCCUUGGCCAGCCUGGAAAGAGCGAUGAUCAAGAACGAGCCGCUAGAUAGCCUGAAUUCCGGCAUGGUCCAAAUGCCUCUGAUGCAUAGCUUGGGCAUGUCCUGCAAUCCUAAUCAGAAACCUGCAAUGUUACAGCAAUCAGGAGUGCCGCAACAACAACAGCAGCCUCCAUCCAGCAUGGGUUUGGACGCAAUUGGCAACAUGCCGCCCACUUCAAUGAUGCCUGCCAAUUCCAUGAUGCACUCCUUAGCCGUCCAUCCGUCCCUCGACCACGACAUCCCGUCUUUGAUCACACCCACUUCGCAGGCUAUGCUGCACACCAACAAUAACGGCUUCGGCAAUAUUAAGCACGAUUACAUCGGUUCUAUGAACAACGGCCUUUCGUCUUUGGGUGGCGUACCAAUGAAUAUAACAAUGUCGUCGAUAUUCGAUAACAUUCCACCGGUCAACAAUGUUGGCGUAGUGAAGAAAGAGUUGCCCGUGAUCCAGCCCAAACCAAUCGAAGAGCUAAUCGAACCGCUGAACGUUCCAGGAAACAUGAGCAUGGAUAAAAAGUUGACUCCGCCUGAGCAGAAACAUCAGCAAUCAUUCUCGAUGUCUAGCAGUGGCCCUGGGGCACCUGGCGGUCAAAACUAUAAAUCCAAACAUGAGCCAAACAUGAAGAGCUCAUGGUCAAGCUUGGGACAAUCUAAUUCUCCGCAAAACAGCAACCAGGGUGGUAGCAGUCGGCAAUUUGUGUCGGACAGCUUCAAAGCUUUCCAAAAGCAGGCUAAAGAGAAGGCGGAUAGGGAAAAGGCUAGGUUGGAGAGCUUGGAGAUGAAGCGGCAGCAAAAGGAGCAGGCGGAGAAAGAGCGUAUGCGGAUGGAGAACGAGCGAAGACGAGAGCGCGAUGAGGAAGAUGCAUUAGAGAAAGCCAGUAGCUUCGUGAGCAGGAAAGCUGUGGCUGAACAGAAGCAACCUAUACCCGCUUCGAGGGUUGAUGAGUUGAGAUCCUCUCCCGGAGAGGAUAGCAUAUCGCCGGGCAGUCAAAGCUCUGGUUCCGAUAGGACGGAGAGGGAACGACAGAGGUUACGCGAACAGGAGAGGAGGAGGCGAGAGGCGAUGGCGAAUCAGAUAGACAUGAACAUGCAAAGUGAUCUUAUGGCCGCAUUCGAAGGUUCCUUAUAAUGGACCAUAUCCAAUGGAAAAGCUUGUAUGAUAAUUGAAAUUCAGGAAUACAGAGAGAAAGUAAACAAAUUUAAACAAAACAUAAUGUGUUGUGUGCGUAUGCUCAAACUAGAGAACGAAGCAAAACGAGAAAAUAAACUUCAUUCAUUUUUUUGGUUGAGGCUUCCAGACGUUCAUGUGCAAACUGAACAAAUCAGAGAAAAGUUUAAUAAUUUUGUAUAUUAAUUAAUGUGUUUAAUUAAGGUGCGUGGUCGAUGACGAUAAUGAGAGGUAAAGCAGAAGGGGGCAUACGCCCUUAAAGAAGACGUAUAUAUAUA